AUGUUUAUAAAAGCCAAGACACCCCGUCCAGUAGCCAGGCGCUGUACCAACAUGGCGUUUCUUUCCGCAAUACUACCCAUGGUAAUGGGACUGACCAUUGUAGUGGCUACAGACGGGUCAGAGUGCCCCGGUGAAGGGAGGUUUCCUGAUCCUAAUGCAUGUGGAGGAUUCAUGGACUGCAUAGCCAAAAAGACUGGCUUCAGUGUAACAAGGGAUCACUGCAAUGGAUUCGUGUACAAUGCUACAUCAAUGGAUUGUUCAACAACACCGUGUGGCUCGCGUCGUGAACGUAGUGUUACCAAUGACUUCCAUCCCUUGUCGCAUCUGUGUGAAAGUCAACCUAACCGGUUCUUGUGUGCCAACUGCAAGACCUUGGUUCACUGUGUAAAGGGACAAGCCUUAGUUCGUCAGUGUACAGAAAAUUUCUAUUGUACAGAUAAGGUUGGCUUUGGAGGUGCUGUAUGCUACCCUGAUGAACCUGAUGCGUGUCUGUGCUUGAAGCCAAACGAGUUUCGUGUUGAUCCCUAUGACCCACAAAGGUUUUUCUCGUGUGAGAAUGUUGGCUCACAGCCAGAAAGCUACAAGUGUCCUGAGGGUAAGGAGUUCGAUGAAGGCUCUGCCCAAUGUGUAAACCAAGUGGGCUUCCCAGAAUGUGUUAAAUCUGGAACCUUUGCAAACCCCCAAAACUGUGGUGAAUACUACUCGUGCAUUCCCUUGAGACAUGGCUGGGUGCAGAAGUUCUACAUGUGCAGUGGAAACCACUUGUUCAACGAGAGAACAAAGAGCUGUGAAGAUCCUUGCACCCUGAAAUUCGUGUGCCAACAGGAGGGAAGAUUUCCAGACCCCCUUAACAUGCAGCAUUACUUCGAAUGUUUCAUGGAAUUUGGCCAGAUGGUACAACUGCGUUAUCAGUGUCCCCAUGGAUACAUGUGGAGUGAAGAAAGCUUUGCAGGAAAGUGUGUAGAGGCAACAGAAGAGUACGCCGAUUAUCCCUUUGCUCAUUGUGAUAUCCCAGAUGAUCAUUGUCCAGACACGGAUCCAUGUUUGCAAAAUCCUUGCUUUACUGGGGUAGCUUGUACAUUUACAAGCAUAGCACCUUUUUAUACCUGUGGCCCCUGCCCUGCAGGAUAUGUUGGUGAUGGAGAAACCUGCUAUGCCUUGCAGUGCGCUGUUGGGUUUGCUGGCAUUGGUGGUGACUGUGCCCCUGACUCUGACCUGGACGGCUACCCAGACACAGAGCUAGGAUGUUCAAGCAAAUACUGCCGUAGGGAUAACUGCAUCAAUAGGCCAAAUUCUGGGCAAGAAGAUGCUGAUGGUGAUGGCCUUGGUGAUGCUUGUGACUUAGAUGCUGAUGGAGAUGGAUUCAACAGUAAUUCGGAUAAUUGUCCCCUGAUAGCCAAUCCUCAGCAACAAGAUACAGACUCGGAUGGACAAGGCGAUGUCUGUGACAACUGCCCUGCAGUGCCAAACCCAAGCCAAAGGGAUGUUGAUGGGGACCAAGUGGGCGACGCAUGUGAUGAUGAUCUCGACAACGAUGGAUCCCUGAAUGCAGCAGACAACUGUCCCUCGCUUGCUAAUAGCAACCAGGUGGAUGCUGAUGGUGAUGGCAUUGGAGAUGUUUGUGACAACUGUCCCUUACAUCCUAAUCCUGGACAGGAAGAUGGAGAUCAAGACCUUCUAGGUGAUGCUUGUGAUAGCAAUGCCGACUCGGAUGGGGACGGUGUGGAUAACGAUGUAGACAACUGCCCAUCUGUAGCAAACAGUAACCAGCUGGAUGUAGAUGGUGAUGGCAGUGGUGAUGCAUGUGAUGCAGACAGUGAUAACGAUGGUGUUGAUGACACUAUCGACAACUGCGUAAUGAUCCCGAAUCCAGGCCAGAUGGACAGUAAUGGAGAUGGCCUUGGUGAUGCUUGUAUAACUGACUUUGAUGGUGACAAAAUCGACGAUUUGGACGACAAUUGCAUAAAAAAUCCCAAUGUACAUGCUACAGACUUCAGGCAACUCCAAAUGGUAGCCCUAGAACCACAGAGUGCAAGUGCCCCUCCAGUAUGGGUCAUCUAUGAUGAUGGUGCAGAGAUUCACCAGAUUGUGAAUUCUGAUCCUGCUCUAGCAGUGGGUGACCACGUAAUGAUUGAUGUAGACUUUGAUGGCACCUUCUUUAUUGAAGAUACUAGUGAUGACGACUUUGUUGGCUUUGUAUUUGGGUACCAAAGCAAUGCCAGGUUCUAUGUUGUGGCAUGGAAAAAGUCUCCACAGAACUGGUUUGCCAACGCUGAGAGGGGCGUUACCUUAAAGGUGGUCGACUCUGCUACAGGCCCUGGCCCAGCACUUAGGGAUGCCCUGUGGCUUACCGGUUCCACACCAAAUCAGGCAACACUGCUCUGGCAUGAUGGCAGCAUUGGAUGGACCCCAAAUGUGGCGUAUCGCUGGCAACUUCACCACCGUCCUACUAUUGGCACCAUUAGGUUCUACUUGUACCAGGGCACUAAUCUAGUCAUGGACUCUGGAAACAUUUAUGAUGACACCCUGCAAGGAGGAAGACUAGGACUAUAUUGCUUCUCUCAAGAAGAGAUUAUUUGGUCUAAUGUAAAGUACACUUGUGAAGAUGGUGUCCCCCAAGCCAUGUUUGACGACUUGCCACAAAUCCUCAAGGACCAAGUCAUGAACACUGCAGGAAUAAGCACAAAAAGCACCCUGGGUGGACUCCUUGGACAAGGUCAGGAUGCACGAGAUCCUGAUUUUGAUACCAACAGUCGGUCUGUCUUGCAGGUUGAUAAACCUUCAAUAAGAUGGGUGAAGGGUAUGCACUAGCAAAUAGGGUAAAAAUGUAUGGCGGAAAGUGUAAUAAACUCUUAAACUAAA